AUGGCUGAUAAAGAACCUACACCUGCCGAGACCGCUGCCGCUACGGCCAAGGAGGCCGAGGAGCAGGCUGCUCUUCCCUACAAGUGGACUCAGACCAUCGCUGAGCUCAACGUCACCUUUGACGUGCCCGGAAACCUCAAGUCGAGGGAUUUCGUCAUUACCAUCAAGAAGAUGAGCCUACAGGCGGGUAUCAAGGGUCAGGAUCCAAUCAUCCAGGGCGAUCUCCCUCAAGCCGUCCACGUUGACGAUUCCACCUGGACUCUUAGCACCAACUCAGAUGGCACCAAGACUGUCGAGAUCCAUCUCGACAAGGUCAACAAGAUGGAAUGGUGGCCUCACGUUGUCACUUCUGCUCCCAAGAUCGACGUGACCAAGAUCCAGCCCGACAACUCUAAGCUGUCCGAUCUCGACGGCGAGACCCGCGGCAUGGUUGAGAAGAUGAUGUUCGACCAGCAGCAGAAGGAGAAGGGUCUACCCAGCUCUGACGAGCAAAACAAGGCGGACAUCCUCAAGAAGUUCCAGGCGCAGCACCCCGAGAUGGACUUUAGCAAGGCCAAGAUCCAGUGA